AUGGAUCAACGACGUGCACCCCUAGCCGGCCCCGACCAGCACUAUCAUCGUCCAUCACUCCCAUCCGACCACUCUGUUCCUCCUUCCAACCAACAGGUCUACCAUCCACCCAGACCUCAUAGUCUGCCAAGUGUCGACGCCUUUCCACCUCCGCCUCCACCACAUCAAUACCACGGCCAGCAACCCNCGCCGACCAUAGUACACCCUGCGCCGCAUCCUGAGGGCCCGGAGAGGGCAGAACAUCCAUACNCCCCUCCUCCUGCUGUCCACGGGGCUCCCGUCAUCAAGUCAGAUCUCCCUCCUGUACCACCUCCUGCGCCGCCUCAAUACCCGCGUCCUUCGAGCAAUCCUCUGCAGUCGCAGCCUCAGACUCAGUCUCAGUCUCAGUCUCAACCUCAGACGCAACAUCCAGGACAACCACCUAGCACUCGGCCACCAAUGGAACAUCAUCCAGCUGCUUAUGUGCAGCAUCCACCGCCACCACCGCAGAGUGAACAUGUCAACUACAUAGUCGGACCCAUGCUGGAUCCUUAUGGCCAACCACCGCCAGGGUACUACCCACAGUACAUGCCAACCAUGCACAUGACGAAUCCAAACUCGCGCAAANAGAGUAUGCGCGCCAGUCAGGCCUGCGAUAGAUGCCGGGAGCGUAAGUCUAAGUGCGAUGAGAAUCGUCCUUGCGCAACAUGCAAGGAGCAAGGUCUGCCGUGUCACUACAAGGAUUCACAUCCCACAAAAGCCGACAAGAACAACCAAGCUCUUUCCGACAUGAUUACUGAAGUCUUGACGUCUAUCAAGGAAAUGAGUGAUCGUCUCAGUGUUUUGGAGAAGCACUUUGCCAUUCAGCCGCCGUUGGCUCGUAUCGAUACACCUAAUCCACCCAGCCAGAACAACUCGGAUGCCAUGACUAUAGACGGCAAUAAUGUCGAGGAACUGACGGUUGUUCAACAGCAGACGUGGGAAAUUGGAGAACACACCACAGCAGCGCACAAAUUGUUGCUUCGUUGGCCUUCCAUUCAACCCUUCGUGCGCACCAGCAAAUGCAACAUCAACGAGAACUAUGUUAUGAAAGGCGAAGAUCGUGGUAUAUUGCGUCUCUAUGGUGCUGGUGAACGUGUUAGAGAUGAAUUGGUGAACAUUGGCGCCGCAAGUCCUGCAGGCAGUUCAAAUGGGGACGAUCCCCUGACUUCGACCCCUGAGAACGAUCCUCGACGGUCUGAGCCCUUUACUCCUGGUUCACCUGCCAUGUCUAUGGAUACCGACACUAUUGACAAUUUGUUCAACUCCUACAAGAAGAACAUCCACCGCCUGCAUCCAUUCGUUGAUAUUGAGAGGAUUGGAAAAUACCUGAAAGACACGUUCAUACCGAAGCACUGCGUGGAAGCCAAAAAUCAUCACUCGCCAUUAUUUGUCCAGAAUGGCGCUGGCGAGCGGGUACACAAACGGAGAAAAGUCCAAGUCCGCAGCGAGAAUUACGCCACUGGCCUGACACCAGCAGAACAAACAAGCGGCUCUCCAUCUUCACAACCCAAACGUGCACCGGAAAGGAACCUUACUAAUGCUAUAGUGUACUUGAUUCUUGCCUUGGGCAAGAUCUGUGAGACUGGUGACCCCCUCCCUGGUCCUGUACAAGAGAUUGCUUCGACGAGCAAGUCGAGUUCUUUGCACACAACUAUGCCAUCGCCUCAUCUCAAACCUAACCUUUCUUCGCCGAGACAGAUGCUGAGCACUGUCGCUAACACAUCUGCUGGAGUCAAACGUGCUCAAUCCUGGGAUGAUACUGGAACUCAAGCAUCAGACAAAAGGCAAGCCCAGAAUCAUGAGAAGAUAGCUGGGUUUGUUUAUUACCGGGAAGCUGCGUCCAUCCUUGGCGAUUUCACAGACUCGAAUGAGCUCGCAGCCGCUCAAGCACGCCUCCUUGCUGGUCUUUACAAAGGUCAACUUGCCAGAGUCCAAGAGAGUUGGAGCUGGAUAAGCACGGCAGCGCGUACUUGCCUUUACCGCAUGAAAAUAGACGGUUUGGACAACACGAUGAAGGACAAACAAAAGGCACGGAACCUCAACAAGCAUGAGAACCUAACUAUUCUGACCUUCUGGUCGGCUCUACAGCUCGAGAGGUACGUGCAAAUGCCGGAGUGCUGUGGCAAGGCUAAUGGUGCAAUANGUGACAUACUCGCCGAAUGGGACUACCCACGUAGUGGACUUCAUCUGCUUGAAGGAUCAGUCACUUACCCUGGACAACCCAUAGCUCUGGCAGAAAAACCGAGUCCAGAAGAGGAGCGGGAGAGGUACAUCAUCACGUUGUAUUAUUCGGCUCAACUCUAUCUGCGCACAAAGCUGAACAUGAUCCACACUGAUGUCUAUGGAGGACAANUGUAUAGGCUUGCCGAGCUUCUAUGGCAGCAGACAGAGGAUUUGAAAGGCUGGCGAACACUCGUAGAUGAGUAUUCAUGGUCCGAUGAUGACCCUCCAGCUUCAGACAUUGUCGCUGCUCGUUUGAGAGGAAAGUAUUAUGGGGCUACUUACGUUUGCACACGGCCAUAUCUCGACUAUGCUCUACAUGUCAUGUACGAAAUCGGAAACGGCAAGACUCUCGAAGAGCUAACAAAAGACGCCAACGGCCGCCAUCGGGAAACCGAGCUUGCACUGUUCACUGCCAUCAGACAGUAUAACCCCGAAGAAGCAAUCAAGUCCAAGUGCCGUAUCUGCAUCGAUGCUGCCAUGCGCAACNAAUUCGGCAAUAUGCUUGUUCUUGCAGCAGUUUACAAUUGCAACAUUGAUUGGCUCAAAGAGUUGGUGCCCAAGGAAAAGUUGCAAAGCUUGCUCCGUCGCACAAUCGCCUUCAUUCGCCGUUUACAAUAUGCUUCUAGUGUCGCGGUCAGCGACAUUCUGAUUCUCGAAGCAAUCGAUCGCACUCUGUUUCCUGAGAGUGAUGGGAAUGAUCUCUACAGAAAUGAGGGUCUGACUGGCGAUUCCAUCGAAUCUGUCGACUCGUUCAACUCCCUCGAUGCCACUAUCUAA